AUGAUUUCUGAAGUUACCUUCGUUAGUGGAGGUGCACUGCAUUCUGGCGAAAGGAGGAAUAGUGACAGUCAAAAGUGUAAAUCGCCUAUACGUGAACGAUCUGGCUCAAGGAACGAUGUUCAACCAUCACUCACUGGCCUUUACAGUCACAAUAACUCCUCUACUUCAAGUCUCGGUAGAAAGAAAAACAAGGCUGACAGAAUUGUUGAGAUUAGUAAGCCUACAGAUUUUGAACAUGGAAUCCACGUGGAAUAUAAUACCGAAAGUGGCAAAUAUUUGGGUCUACCUGAUGUUUGGGUAAAUGAUAAGGUCCAAAGCGAAGAGGUGCUAAAUACAAAGUAUCUAAAACCUUAUCUUGUUCCAACCCCAGGCACUCUCGAAACUGAGGUUACGGGAAAACAAAUUGGCAAUCCUUAUAAUUUUCAACAUAAGGUUCAUGUUGUUGUGGAUGAGUCUGGAUUUAUGGGUCUUCCCCCUCAAUGGGAACGUUCAUUGGCUCAUCAACGUUCGAUAUCUCUGGACUCUCAAACUGUUCAACCAAAUGAUCAUACCACGUCAAAUACAUUACCUCCUCCUCCGAGAAAAUUCUCAAGCCCAUCUUUUUGUGGUCAAACCAAUCAUUCGCCUGAUAUAUAUAAUGAUUCAAAACCUUUUCCAAUACCUACCCAUCGAAAAAAUUCAGAUGGAUCUCAAAAGUCUGAUAAUGGUUCUAUAAAAUCUUAUUCCAUUUCUCCCUUAAAUAGAGACAAUAGCACGUCUCUUAUGUCAAAAGCGAAUCUAUCCCAAGAAUCAAUCACUUCUGUAUCUACAAGAAAUUCUGCUGCAUCUAUUCCUCCAAAAACUCCUCCAAAAACUCCUCCAAAAGAAAGAGUUUCAUCAUCCGUGCAACGAAGGAUUCUUAGCACUCAAUAUAAUAAUGACAAUGAUAACACCGAUCUUUCUCACGGGCCAGCAUCACCAUCUCUUACUGUAACAGCUGCAUCACUUAAAAAAAAACUAUCAGCUCCUCAGAUUCAUACUUCUGGUGGACAAUUUGUGGAUAUUUCAUUAUAUUAUCCAUAUGAAAAACCUAAGUCGCCUGCGCUACCUCCGCCUAGGCACACCCAAAAAAUGUCACCAUCACGUCCAAGCAGAGAAAAUAUUAACAGUUAUAAAAUGGAAAAUAUAACAGAACCAACAUCUGAGGUAAAAAAUUCGCCGGUUUCAAAUACACCCAGGAAAUUUUCAGAUACCUCUCAAAAAUAUGUAAACCAUAAUAACAUUACACGCGCACAAAAAGCUUCUAGUGAGAUAGUAUCUAAACAAAUUGAUCAUGCAUCAUUGGCAUACCUAAAUAAUUCUAAUGUCACUUCUCCAUCGACUCAGAAAGUUGAUUCGUCUGUUGUAACACACGUUGAUGUAUCUGAUACGACACUUUCAACAGAAUCUAUAAAAAUGCUCAGAUGA